AUGAAUAGUAAGCGAUCAUAUAAUUUAUAUGCUGCUAUUACUCCAUCUCUUGAACCUUUAUUAAAGAAAGAGUUAUUAAAUUUAUUAUUAAAAAAGAAUAAUAUUAUUAAUAGUACGAGUAUCAAUACAAAUACAGAUUUAAAAGAUAAUAAGAAUAAUAAUAAUAAUAAUAAUAAGAAUAGUAAAAAUAAUAAUAAUAGUAAUAAUAAUAAUAAUGUAGAAUUAAAUAUUGAUAUAAAGUUAGAUAAAGGUGGUGUUGAAUGUAGUGGAUUAUCACCUGAACAAUUGUGGACGAUUGCACAUCAUUCUCGUCUGUCUGAAUCGCUUCGUGUUCGGCUGGGACAACCAUUUCGUUCUGUAAAUUUCAAUAUGUUGAAGAGCUCACUCAAGGAUCUGCCAUGGGGAAACUUCUAUCGUGUCACUGAGCACACACUUCCAGAGUGCUCCGUUAGUUGUUCACAUUCUGCACUCUACCACAGUAACGCAGUAAAAGAUAGAAUAUUAGAUCAUUUUCAAAAGAAUGUUAUUUUUACAAAGAAACCAAUUUUAGUUAAUAAUAAUGGGGAUAAUAGUAAUAAUAAUAAUAAUAAUAAUAUUAGUAGUAGUAGUAAUCAUUCAAAAAUAUAUGUUAGAUUGAUAGAUGAUAUGAUGCAAGUUAGUGUGGAUGUUGGCGAUUCAAUGCAUAAAAGAACACCUAAUAAACAUGUUACCGAUGCACCUAUUCGUGAGACAUUGGCUGCUGCUUUAUUAAUGUCUGCUGGACUGCUACCACAGAGUGAUGUUAAUAUAUGGGAUCCAUUCAUGGGAUCUGGUACGAUUCUACAGGAGGCGUUGGCUAUGGCAAUUGGAGGUAGAGCUACACCACCAGAGAGAUACUUUUCAUUUCAAAGUUGGCCGCUUCACAGAGAUGAUAAAUACAAUAACUUUAUUGCACGAAUCAAUCAAGAACAACUGCAACUUCAAAAAACAUUUCAACAGACUAUAUCAACUCACACUUCAAACUUUAGACUAUAUGGAUCUGAUAUCGAUCAAAGAGCAAUAGAUGCAACCAAACAUAAUAUUUAUAAUCAAUUUAAAUUCUUGGAGAAUAUAAAUGAUAGUAAUAAUAAUAACAAUUUUAUACAAUUAUUACAUGGUGAUUUCAAAGUUAUUGAAACAAAGAUAAAAGAACAACUACAACAAGAUAAGCAACAACAACAACACCAACACCAACAAAAAUUAACAAUUAUUACAAAUUUACCGUAUGGCGAAAGAAUAAUGACAAGUAAUAAGAAUAUAAGUGAUGGAUUGAAAUCUACAUUCAUUUCUUUUGGUAAAAUGAUAAGAGAAUCUAAUAUUAUCAAAGAUGUUUAUGUAUUGAACGGACAUCCAAAGUUUAUUGAACUUUCUGGUGUACAAUGGUUAUCGAUUUUGAAAUUUACUAAUGGUGGAUUACCUGUAGAAUUUCUAAAAAUGAAAAGAUAG